AGCUACCUAGCUAUUCGAAGAGCUCGAAUUAAACAGCAAAUUUUAAAAAAGUAUACAUUGUAUACAGUUAAGUUAUGCGUGGCUUAUUUUUCUAGAACAUAAUUAAAUAGAAGGAGAAUAGUUUAAGUUAACACGAUGUUGUUGGGGUGUACUUAAAUUGGAAAAGGAUAAGUAAUGUCUAUCGACAAGGCUGUUUCAACUGAAGAUCUAUGCACUGAAGAGGAUGCCUCUUCUACGCUCGGUGUCCUCCGUCUCGAAGCGAUCUUAAACACCUUGGUCGAAAAUAAAGUGGAAGCUUUAAAGCAGGAAAAUGGAAAACCAAACAGCUUACACUCUAGCCCCAAGUCAAUUUUACAGAAACUGAAAUAUCAACAGUCAUCCCCCAAAACAACGUUUAGGAUUGAAAAUGAGUCAAAGAGGAGAAGUCCAAAAAGGAGAGAAAGAAAAGAAAGGAGCGGCCAUCAAACAACUACAGCUGAAAAGAGACAAUUUAAAAAGCAAGUUUUAAGGCAAGAAACAUCAUCUCCAGAAAGUCCGAUUUCUUCUGUAGAUGACAAACAUUUAAUAAAUGGACAAUCUUAUAUAGACGUAGGAGCUACGGAAGACGACUGUUCAUCUCGUAUCUGUUAUUGCAACCAUAAUCCAAACAUGCAGAUGACUGACGAUUAUAUUUCAAUAAAAAUGGAUGGAUAUGGUGACAUAGAGACGGACGCUAUUAUAGCUCAGGAAGAAAUAAAGAGAGCAAGACGAAAACGGAGACGAAGAAGACGGAAGAAAAGACUUAAAAAGCGUUUGGCCCUAAACGCCCAUCUGGUAGACACCCUAGGCCACGAAACGGAAUUCAAAACCCUUCACGACGACGAAUUACCACCUAGAGCAAAAUGGACAAUCGUUGCUACAGCCUGCCUGUUACUAUUUAUGUGCCUGUUAUUGGUGGGGAUCACGCUGAGAAUGGCUCCUAUUAUAGACGAAAUCGUUCGAGAAGAAAAUGAAAAACUAAUAAACUCUCUUUCUGCCAAUGCCAGCGUGUCACUGACGCCCGUCCAUUCUGAUGACUCGAAGGCAGAAAAGUUAUACGUCUUAAAUGGAGUGACGUAGGUGCCACGACGAUAUCAUAAAUAUUUGAUUAGAUAAUAUGUUCAUUAAGCAGGGUGCGUUAAGACUAUACUUUAUAUUUAAUUAUUAAAACAAGAAUGUUUUGUUUUGGCUAAAAUUGGUAUCAGUUAUUCAUUAAUUAUUAGGUUGCAAUUAUUCAUCAAGGAGCUCAAAUGGCCAUUCUGUACAGCUUUACUACAAAUGAAUCAUAGCACAUUAUUUUAAAAUAUUAUAAUUUAGAAAGUAUCACCAGGUCUGAUAUCUAAUUAAGUUAAUUAAAAUGGAAAAAGUUCAUAAUUACAAAUGUUCAAUAUAUCCUAUUAAUUUAUCGCUAGUGGCGUGGUAUCACGGCUUUGGCAUGCAACAUGUCUGGUUAUGUUGUCUUAGGUUAUGUUGUUUAUGCUACCAUUAACACUUGUAUUAUCGCUAUUUGCUUUUUCGUGAUUCUUUUAUAGUAACAUGAAUUUUAAUACCUAAUGGAAUGGGAAGAGCCUGUAGAGUUAGCUAAGUAUGUUAUCAAUCAUUAAUCCGUCAAUUUCUAGAGUUUGGAUAUACUGUUUUUGGGUGUACUUUUCAGAUAAUCAAAUGAUGAUCCAAAAAAAAACCGUUUAUACUAAAAUUAAUUGUAAAUAUUAUUUUAUGAGGUUUAUGGACACCCUGGAUAAUAUCAUUUAAAAUGUGAAUGUUUUGUAUGAUUUUUUGUUUGACCUAAUUUUUAUAUGAUUAGAAUGAAUCUUAGAAUUGUAUUUGUACUUUAAUAAAUAGAUUUUUAUGUGGCAUAAAAAAAUUUAUUUAAAAAAAUAGGAACUAAAAAAUACUAUUAUAGGGUUUUUUAUACAAUGAAUUGCGUUUUUUACAAUGUUUUAAUUAACUACUAAUAUCUGUUGCAAGAACAUUUAAAAAGUUUGUGUAUGUCAUUUGUUAGCAGAUUUUUGUAUAAUUAGGUUAUGAAUGGAAAGGCUAGUCCUAAAAACACGUUUUAAAUAUAGUUUUCU